UCCACGUGGUUUUUUGCCAGGCCACGUGGAAGCGCAGGUGUCCUAGGGCUGCCAAGCAAAAGGCGGCUAGGGCAGUUCGACCAUUGGCUGGCCGCCGGCCUUUCCCCCAUGGAGGAGGCCCCGCGGAGGCAGCGCCCGGCUUCCAACGCCGGGUACCGGCAGCGGGGCUUCUGGGACGAGCGGUACGAGCAGGAGGGGGCCGAGCCCACCGAGUGGUUCGGGGGCUUGGAGUCUUUUCGCGAACCGCUGGAGGCGGAACUGAAGCCGGAGGACCGGAUCCUGGUAUUGGGUUGUGGGAACAGUGCCCUGAGUUACGACCUUUUCCAGCUUGGAUACACAGACAUCACCAACAUAGAUUAUUCCGCUGUGUGCAUUUCAAGGAUGCAAGACCGUUACGCGCAUUGUUCCGGCUUGCAUUGGGCGGUAAUGGAUGCCCGGUUCUUGACCUUCACGGACGGAAGCUUUGACGUGGUCUUGGAGAAAGGCUUUCUAGAUUCCAUCAUGGUGGAAGAAAAAGACCUCUGGAAUGUCUCCCAAGAAGCCAAGAUACUUGUGGACCAAGUAUUAAUUGAGGUCGCCCGAGUGCUGCAACCCAGAGGAAAGUUUAUCUCCAUCACCUUCGCCCAGCCGCAUUUCCGCAAGCGUCACUACGCCCAGCGUGCCUACAACUGGUCCAUCCAACACCUCAGUUACGGAAGGGACUUCCACUACUUCCUCUACGUCAUGAAGAAAGGAGGGGGGUUGACCCCCUCCGACUUGGCUCUGGGGCAGAGCCUCCAUCGCCAUCCCUCUUCCCUCACCCCAGUGGGCCCCCUACAGGAGCCGGAUUGUGAGAACUACCUCUUCAACAUUCAACUCUGAUCUCUAGGGAAGGAAUUCCUCGAAGGAAGGAGCUGUUUGUGGGGCCAACGUCUCAAACGGCCGUGCCAAGAUACCUCUGUACAGUGGUGGGAUUCAAAUAAUUCAACAACCGGUUCUCUGCCCUAAUGAACAGCUGGGUAGGCGUGGC